AUGUCCGACUCCACCGCAGCCCCCAGCGCUGCAGCAGCAGCAGCAGCAACCGACCUCUCCACCACACUCUCCUCGACCACACUCUCCUCGACCACCCUCUCUUCCCAACCUGACACAACCCCCACCCUCUCCCACCGAGGCGCAGCCGGCUCCUCAUCAUUCAACCUUCCCGCCGGCCUCAAACGCAUGCUCUCUAACCAAUAUGACCCUGACACAAACCCCCAUGGAAUCAUCAAUGCCGGAAUCGCAGACAACUCUCUCUGUCGCAAUGAACUUCUCAGCUAUUUCCUCUCCCAUGGUCGUCUUCAACUUUCUCCCGCCGACCUCACCUAUGCUGAUCGAUUCACCUCCUCCACUCGCCUACUCGAAUCGAUUUCCUGCCUCUUCAACCACUACACACCAGACUGGCCGGAGGGCAAUGCUUCUCCUUUGCCGUUGAAGAAAGUUACACCGGAUCACAUAGCAAUUGCUUCCGGAGCAACAGGUAUCCUAGACGAGUUGUUUUGGAAUAUCUGCGACCAAGGUGAUGGAGUCCUACUCUCCACCCCUUACUACAACGCCUUUGAUAACGAUCUAAGCAAUAGAGCCAAAGCUAAAAUCAUUCCCGUAGACCUACCCUACCCUUCACCCGGAAAGUCGCUCGAACAUACAAUGUUCUCUUCCUCCACCAUCUCAGCCUACCAAACCGCAUACGAUAACGCUCUUGCCUCUGGAACCCCUAUCAAAGCUUUGCUUCUAUGCAACCCCCAUAAUCCCACGGGAACCAUCUACCCACGCACCACAGUGAUCGAACUCGCCCGUUUCGCUGCGAAAUACAAGCUUCAUUUCGUAUCAGACGAGAUCUAUGCUCGAUCCCGUUUCUCCACUCAAGACCACGUCAAUCCGGAACUGUUUCACAGUAUACUUUCCAUCGAUACAGAGAAGGAAUGUGGAUUGGACCCGAAAUAUGUCCAUGUGGUUACGUCAGCUAGUAAGGACUUUGCGGUGAACGGGUUUAGGCUGGGAGUUUUGGUGUCGCAACAUAACCCGGCACUGCAGAAGGCGAUGGCCAGUGUGGGCUUGUUGAGCCAAAGUGCUAGCCCGGCUGCAAGUUUAUGGGCGACUUGGUUGAAGGAUGAGAAGUUUUUGGGUUGGUAUUUGAAAGAGAACAGGCGACGAUUAGGGAGGGCAUAUAAUCACGCAGCGAAGUUCUUUCAGCACUACCAAAUACCGUAUUAUCCAAGCAACUCGGGGUUCUUUAUGUUGAUAGACUUGUCGGCACUCGCAAAGGUUGCAGGCGCUGCAGAUGGUGUGCCGGAUGCAGAAGGAGGAGAGGCGGUGGAUAGCAAAGGAGAAGACAGGCUCGUAGAAAAGCUCUUAGACGCAGGAGUGUUCGUAGCACCAGGGGGACUGUACCACGUCAACCGACCUGGUUGGUUCCGUUUCACAUUUAGUGUUCAACCCAAGACUCUAAAGCUUGCUUUACGACGAAUGGAAAAAGCGCUCGGUGUGCAAGAUGCAGAGAGUUGGGAAGAUAGCCGUCCCGAAUUCGAACUCGAGGUGGCAGGUAAGGCUGUACAACGCAAAGAUUCAAGGUGA